AUGCCAAGUUCGAGUUUUCCAGCCCCUUCCAAGUUUCCACUUGGCCCUCCGGCUGCAGCCUGCGGGAGAGGCCACUCUGCGGGGCCCGCGCCGCCUGCCGCUGGCACCAUGAAGUCGGCGGAGGAAGAACACUACAGCUAUGUGUCCUCUGGACUCAGCUCCGGCCUGCCUCUCAGCACAGCGCACCCUUCACUGCCAGCCCCCUGCCAUGACCUGCAGACCUCCAACCCAGUCAUCACUGUCCUCCCGUCGGCUGGCCACCCCUCAGGGUACGGGAGCACGGUGGACAGCGGGUCUGCUGGAUACUUCCUGCCUUCAGGCGGUGCCCGGCCUAACGGCGCCCCAACUCUGGAGAGUCCUCGCAUCGAGAUCACCUCCUACCUGGGUCUACACCACGGCAGCAACCCGUUCUUCCAUGAUGCGGAGGUGGAGGACACCGUCCCCGGGGCCAGGCGAGCACCCUCCACUGCCACACUGCCCCUGCCCAGCCUCGAGGCGUACCGGGACCCCACCUGCCUGAGCCCGGCCAGCAGUCUCUCCUCCCGAAGCUGCAACUCAGAGGCCUCCUCCUACGAGUCCAACUACUCGUACCCCUAUGCGUCUCCCCAGACGUCACCCUGGCAGUCCCCCUGCGUGUCCCCCAAGACCACCGAGCCCGAGGACGGCUUCCCCCGUGGGCUGGGGGCCUGCACCCUGCUGGCCUCGCCACGCCACUCACCGUCCACCUCGCCGCGCACCAGUGUCACCGAGGAGAGCUGGCUGGGUGCUCAUGGCUCCCGACCCUCCUCGCCCUGCAACAAACGCAAGUAUGGCCUCAAUGGCCGGCAUGCCUCCUGCUCGCCGCACCCCUCGCCCACGCCAUCCCCACAAGGCUCCCCGCGCGUCAGCGUCACCGACGACACCUGGCUGGAUGAGUCCACGCAGUUCACCAGUUCCGCCAUUGUGGCCGCCAUUAACGCCCUGUCCACCGACACCUCGCUGGACUUGGGGGAAGGUGUGCCCGUCAAGGCCCGCAAGACCACACUGGAGCACACGGCGGCCAUGGCGUUCAAGGUGGAGCCGGCCGGCGAGGACCCGGGCACCACCCCGCCCGCUGCCGCCUUCUCACCCAGUGACUUCCCUGCCUUCCAGCACAUCCGCAAGGGUGCCUUCUGUGACCAGUACCUGUCGGUGCCACAGGCCUCCUGCCCGUGGGUGAAGCCCAAGCCCCUCUCUCCAGCUUCCUAUAUGAGCCCGUCCCUGCCUGCCCUCGACUGGCAGCUGCCGCCUCACUCAGGACCCUACGAGCUUCGCAUCGAAGUACAACCCAAGUCUCACCACAGGGCCCACUACGAGACGGAAGGGAGCCGGGGGGCUGUGAAGGCGUCGGCUGGAGGACACCCCAUUGUGCAGCUACACGGUUACUUGGAAAACGAGCCGCUCACACUCCAGCUCUUCAUUGGUACAGCGGACGACCGCCUGCUGAGGCCCCACGCCUUCUACCAGGUCCACCGGAUCACGGGGAAGACCGUCUCCACCACCAGCCAUGAGACCAUCCUGUCCAACACCAAAGUCCUGGAGAUCCUUCUGCUGCCGGAGAACCACAUGCGAGCCAUCAUCGACUGUGCUGGCAUCUUAAAGCUCAGAAACUCUGACAUCGAGCUUCGAAAAGGAGAGACGGAUAUUGGGAGGAAGAACACACGUGUGAGGCUGGUCUUCCGAGUCCAUAUCCCACAGCCUGGUGGCCGGACCUUGUCCCUGCAGGUGGCAUCCAACCCCAUCGAAUGUUCCCAGAGAUCUGCUCAGGAGCUGCCGCUGGUGGAGAAACAGAGCACAGAUAGCUACCUGGUGGUGGGCGGCAGGAAGAUGGUGCUCACAGGACACAACUUCAUGCAGGAUUCCAAAGUCAUCUUCGUGGAGAAGGCACCCGAUGGUCACCAUGUCUGGGAGAUGGAAGCAAAAACAGACAGAGAGCUGUGCAAACCAAACUCGCUUGUGGUUGAGAUCCCACCGUUCCGCAACCAGAGGAUCACCAGCCCGGUUCAGGUCAGCUUCUACGUCUGCAACGGGAAGAGGAAGAGAAGCCAGUAUCAGCCCUUCACCUACCUCCCUGCUAAUGGUAACGCUGUCUUUCUAACCCUAACUGCCGACACCGAGCGACUGAGGUGCUUUUUCUAA